CAUCCCCGGGCGGCAGAGAAUCGAUCACGGAGCGGCCGCGGUCGUCAGAAUGGGCCUGCGCCCGCCCUGUCAUCGGGAUCGGCGUGGCUGAGCUGAAGGUGUGUGGAGCCGCCAAGAAGCCGGUGGAGGAGGAUGAUGCUAAGGGCAUAGAUGAGAAAGACGGUAAUGACCCAAACCUGUGCAGCAGCUAUGUAAAGGACAUCUACAGUCAUCUGAGACACCUUGAGGAAACUAAACCUGUCAGAUGCAAGUACCAGCAGAAGAUCACAGGGAACAUGCGUGCUGUGCUAAUAGACCAGCUCGUGACAUUACACAUGAUGCUUGGCCUCCACCAUGAGACCUUGUACUUGGCAGUUGGGCUCAUCGAUCGCUUCCUGCAGGACAAUGCUGUUUUCCACAUGCAGUUGCAACUGGUUGGUGUCACAGCUAUGUUAAUUGCCACCAAAGAUGAAGAGGCAGUUCCCCUAUGUAUUGAAAGGUUUUCCUGGGCAACUAAUUACACUUGCUCAAUAAACCAGAUCUGCAAGAUGGAAAUAAGGAUUCUGAAAGCUCUGGACUUUAAUUUGGGUCACCCUACCCCUCUGUACUUCCUAAGAAGAGCUUCAAGGAUUGCAGAGGUGAACUUCAAGCAAUACAUUCUGGCCUGGUACCUGAUAGAGUUGUGCAUUGUGGACUAUGAUAUGGUUCACUUCCUUCCUUCCAGCAUUGCCACAGCUGCUUUCUGUCUGUGA